AUGCAGGCGAGAAUGAAGAAGCACCGGGAAUUGAGUCCGGAGCGAGCCAAAGUGUGGACGGAAAGGUCGCCUAAGUACCACCAGCAUCGCAAGGUCCCCGUGGUUUAUUAUCUCUGCCGGAACCGCCAGCUCGAGCAUCCUCAUUUCAUUGAAGUCCCUCUCUCAUCGCCCGACGGUCUCUACCUCAGAGAUGUGAUUGAGAAGCUUAACGUGCUGAGAGGGAGAGGAAUGGCUUCCAUGUACUCGUGGUCCAGCAAGAGAAGCUACAAAAGUGGAUUUGUUUGGCAUGACCUUUCUGAGGACGACCUGAUUGUUCCUGCACAUGGAAAUGAGUACGUUCUCAAAGGUUCUGAACUAUUUGAAGAUUCCAAUCCAGAUCGUUCUGCCAUUGUUGGAGCGAUGAAGAUUCAGAAUAAUCAGAAACAAUUGCCAGAACCAUCUUCUUCCAGAAGUCACGAUUAUUCAUCAUCUUCAUCGAGCAUGUAUGGGAAGGAAACAAAGCUCUCUCAGGAGGAUGAGCUUUCCCCUCCAGGGCAACGUCGUGCUGGUUCGUCUAGCAUAUCUCCAGAGUCCAGAGAUGGAAAUAAUUCUACUUGGAGUGGUUCCCUUGGGUUGACAGAAUACAAGGUCUACAGAAGCGAAGGGGUUGCACAUGCUUCGACUCAGACAGAGGAGAAUAAUGUUAGCCGGCCUAAAUCCAGAGAGACUUGCACUCGAGGCGUUUCCACUGGCGAUUGUUCAUUAGAACGUGAAUGCAAUGUUGAUUCUCAGAGGUGGGUUCCUCGUUUGAAGAAGGAUUACUCUGAGACUGGCGAGAAUUCGGUUUCUUCUCCACCACCAUCUACUACUUCCAGCGGCGCAUCUUCAUCCAGUGGAACGUUGGAGUCCUUGAUUAGAGCUGAUGGUGAUAAGAUCAACAGCUUUAGGAUACUGGAAGGGGAGGAUGUUCGGAUGUCAACCAAUCCGAGAUUAAAGGCCACAAAUGUAUUAAUGCAGUUGAUCUCCUGUGGAUCUAUCUCAGUGAAAGAUCACAGCUUUGGACUCAUCCCAACUUACAAGCCGAAAUUUUCCCAUUCGAAAUAUGCCUCUCCAUUGUUUUCUAGGUCAAUCAUGUUUGGGGAGCUCGAUUGCCUCUCGGAGAACCCUAGGCUAAUGAGCUUAAGACUGGAAGAUAAAGAGUACUUCAGCGGGAGCUUGAUUGAGACAAAAUUGCCCAAGGAGGAAGGCACUCUUCCGCCCCUGAAACGCUCUUCCUCAUACAAUGCAGACAGGACCUCUAAGCAACUGGAUCCGAGCGAGGAUGGAGAAGAAUUAACCUCCGGAGUAGGUUCUAAGUGCAUUCCUUUAGCAAUGAAUGCCUCCUCGAGCAAGCACCCUCGAUCUAGCUCAAUGCGUUCCCCUACUUCCGACAAGCCUCGAAACUCAGCUGACGGCUCAGUAGCCCUCGACACCCCUCACGGUCGCAGUAAAAGAAUCGUCAUGGAGCACGACUCCAGCAGAAAACAGCCCCACAAGCUGGAAUCUUUUAGGGAAGAAGAGAACAACAACAACGACGACGUGAUCCAGAUCGAAGAAAGUUGA